AUGACGAACGGUGAUGUCUCAAGAACCCUAAACCCAGCCGCACCUCUCUUCUUUCCCCAAAACCCUUAUCUGCAUCACUACUACUUCUCUUCACCUCAGAUUCUCUUCAUCUCCGACACUAACCUCCCUCCCCUAUCUUCAAUCAUUGUGUACUAUCCUUUAUGGUAUAACAAUCUUAACCCUACUUGGUUUGAGGCAACACAAGAAUUGCCUCCACUUCACUCUCAAGACCCUAUCCAAGAGCUGACUCCUCCACCGACCAGUAGAAAAAAGGUUUUUGGCUGGGAAAGAAGCAGCAGACACGACCGUAAUAAGCUGGUGUGGAGGAGGAAGAUCCAUUAUCAAGCUGAGUCCAACGGCGAUACAACUGUCAUGCUUAGAAACAUACCCAACAAGUAUACAAGAGAGAUGCUUAUUCAGUUCUUGGAUGAGCAUUGUGAAGAAGAAAAUAACAAAGAGGAAGAUGAAGAGAAUGCCUAUGAUUUCUUAUAUCUUCCCAUCGAUUUCCAGAGCCAAAUGAACAAAGGGUAUGCAUUUGUGAACUUCACAAAAGCAGAAGCAGUGUCGAAGUUUAAGGCGGCGUGCAACAACAAGCCAUGGUGUUGUUUCGGUUCAAGGAAAAUACUUGAAAUUGCUCAUGCUCGGAUCCAGGGAAAAGAUAAGUUGGUGAAACAUUUCGAGCAAAUGAUUUAUCCAGCUGAAGCAUACAGUGCGGUGACUUUCAUCCCUGCCCGUAGGGGACCAAAGAGUACGGGUCUCACCAUCAUGGUCGGUAAAUGCACCGAAGCAGCCAUAUCGGUUUAG